CUAUGAUCUCUGGUGAAGCAAUGAGUUUGGUGAGAGAUAUGGAACUAGUGGGAGUAAAACCUCAUAUUAUACUUGGAGUGCUCUAUUUUCAGGAUUCUCGGCAUAUGGGAAAUGAAGAAAAAGUAUCUGAGCUUCUUGAUGUUGAGUCUUGGACUUCUAUUACAUCAGUCGAGCAGGUGAGUUUGUUGAAGCCUAUGAGAUGAUAAAGACUAUGCCAAUGCAGCCGGAUUUGUUUGUGUGGAGUGCUUUGUUAGGUGCGUGUGGGAAUCACGGGAAAUACGGACCUUGCAGGGACUGCAGCAGAGCUCGAACCAGAGAACACAGGGAAUGGAUUGCUUCUGUCCAGUUUGUACGCCAAUGGUGGUAGUUGGGAAAAGUGUUGUAAGAAGUAAGAAGACGAUAAAGAAGAAGAAGUUGAUAAGGUUUCCAGGCAGCAGCUGGCCACCGGUCACAAGAAGACAAAGCAAGCCUUAAAUAUAUUUCGUAUUAGCUUUCUCAACCUCAAUGCAUCAGAUCUGAAGUUUCCAUCUAUCUCCCUGAGCUUCUUCCAUCCCCACACUGAAGAAAGAAUGGAUGAAAAACAAGUGAAGAAGAGAAGGAUAGUGUUGGUUCCAGUACCAGCACAAGGGCAUGUCACUCCUAUUAUGCAACUCGGGAAAGCUCUUCACUCCAAAGGCUUCUCCAUCACUGUUAUUCAGACACAGUAUACUCGAGUUAGCUCUUCCCAAGACUUCUCUGAUUUUCAGUUCCUCACGGUUCCAGUUACUUUGACUGACUCUGAUCUUCAAAGCCUCGGAGCACUCCUGUUUCUGAUGAAGCUCAACCAAAUCUGCGAGGCAAGCUUCAAGCACUGUUUUGCUCAACUAUUGCAAGAACAAGUCAGCCGUGAUGAUAUUGCUUGUGUCAUCUACGAUGAGUAUAUGUACUUCUCUGCAGCUGCAUUUAAGGAGUUUCAACUUCCUAGUGUUAUCUUCAGUACUACUAACGCUACUGCCUUUGUCUGUCGCUCUGUUUUUGCAAAAGUCAACGUUGACAAGUUCUUGAUCGACAUGAAAGAUCCUGAAGUGCAAAACAGUUUGUUUCCAGGGUUGGAUCCUCUAAGGUACAAGGACCUGCCAAGUUCAGCAUUUGGGACACUAGAGGAUAGCAUCAAGCUUUACAGUGAAGCUGUUAACACUCGAACAGCUUCAGCGGUUAUCAUCAACUCAGCUAGCUGUCUAGAGAGCUCGUCUUUGGAACGGCUGCAACGAGAACUACAAGUUCCGGUUUACCCCAUAGGCCCACUUCACCUUGCAGCUUCUUCUGCGUCUUCUAGUUUACUAGAAGAAGACAGAACCUGCAUCGAGUGGUUGAACAAGCAGAAACCAAGGACAGUGAUUUACAUAAGCUUGGGAAGCUUAGGUCUAAUGGAAACCAAAGACAUGUUGGAGAUGGCUAGGGGGUUGAGUAAUAGCAACCAACCUUUCUUAUGGGUGAUCCGACCCGGUUCCAAUCCUGCCUCGGAGUGGACAGAGUCCUUACCAGAUGAGUUCGGCAGGUUGGUAUCAGAGAGAGGUUACAUUGUGAAAUGGGCCCCGCAGAUGGAAGUUCUAAGACAUCCUGCAGUAGGAGGGUUUUGGAGUCACUGUGGAUGGAACUCAACAUUGGAGAGCAUUGGGGAAGGUGUUCCAAUGAUCUGCAGGCCCAUUACUGGAGAUCAGAAAGUCAAUGCGAGGUACUUAGAGAGUGUUUGGAGAAUUGGGAUUCGUUUGGAAGGAGAGCUGGAGAAAGAAACUGUGGAGAGUGUUGUGAAGAGGUUGAUUGUGGAUGAAGAAGGAUCAGAUAUGAGGAAGAGAGCUAUCGAUUUGAAAGAGAAGCUUGAAGACUCUGUCCGAAGUGGAGGUUCUUCAUGCAGGUCACUAGACGACUUUGUCAACUCUUUGCAAACGAAGAACUUCAUGCAUCAAUGAGAUAGUCUUUGUUUAAAGCCAAAGGUUUUGCUUUCAAAAAUGUUGGAGAAUACUUGGAGAUGAUUGGUACAUGUCUUUCCUUUUCUGGUAAGGGUAUGUUCACUUCCCUCACAAACAUUAAACAUCUUAUUGUUUCGCCUUGUGCCUCUCAACAAAUAAACAUUUGUUUCCGUUUUGCUGUAAACAAAUGAGAGAAAGCACAGAAAAGUUGGUUGAGCAACUUUUAAUUGUU